AUGACACCUGUUACUAAUAUUGCACUGAUUUGUCGUUUUGUUAUUCCAAAAAUUCCUACCAAAGCUGAUGAACCUAGAAUAAUUAGACAGACCAAUUUUAUUAAAUUGCCUCUUGAAGAGCGCUGUGUUCAUAAACUUUGGAAAGCCAGGCUCCACGGUUAUUCGGAACUUGCUAAAUUAUUCGAAGAAGAGGAAGAUGAAAAAGCACCUAUUUUUAAUCAAUAUAUAGGCCUGCUGAGUAAAUUUGUUAAAGACACAAACGCUGCAGCUCAAGAGAAGGGAUUGGAAGCAGUUUUUUUCUUUGUUCAAAAUGCAGGAGUAGCAUCAAAAGCAGUUAAAGAUAUAAUGCCUGUUAUUAUUAAUAAGUGUAUCGCAGCUCCUAAAGCAAAAACAAAAGAUUUAGCAGUACAAAUUACUCUUAUGUACAUAGAAAUAGAAAAGCAAGAACAAGUCGUUGAAGAACUUUUAAAAGGAAUGGAACACAAGAAUCCAAAGAUUGUUGCUGCUUGUUCGGCGACUCUUUCUUUAGCUUUAAAAGAAUUCGGUUCGAAAAUUAUAACUAUUAAACCCAUUGUUAAACUACUACCCCCCCUUUUAGAAGAUAGAGAUAAAAAUGUUCGUGAUGAAACCAAAGCGUUAGCAAUAGAAAUAUUUCGUUGGAUCAAAGACGCUAUAAAACCUCAAUUAUCUACUUUAAAGUCAAUUCAUUUAAGUGAUUUAGAAACUGAAUUUGAAAAAGUUAGAGGGGACAAACCGACUCCAACAAGAUUUUUGCGAUCGCAACAAGUGCGCCAGGCUAAAUUAGCUGCUGAAAAAGAGGAAGGAAAAGAUAACGAAGCAGUUUUGGAAAACGACGCAGAAAAUUGUAAUGUUGAUCCGUACGAUCUUAUGGACCCAAUCAACGUUCUUGAUCAAAUCCCACACGAUUUUAAUGAAAAAAUAGAGGCGAAAAAGUGGCAGGAAAGAAAAGAAGCCAUAGAUGCUGUUGAAAAAUUAUUAGAUUAUCCUAAAUUUGAAAAGGGUGACUAUUCUGAUUUAGUGAGAGCUAUUCUUAAAGUAAUAACAAAAGAUUCGAAUGUCAUGGUGGUCAGUGUGGCUGUUAAAUGCAUGGCAAGGUUAGCUAUCGGAUUGAAAAAAAAUUUUUUCCCAUAUGCGGCUACUGUUUUGCCCCAACUUCUUGAAAAGUUUAAAGAAAAAAAAGCUAACGUAGUUGCUCCUUUGCGUGAGGCUGUUGAUGGUAUUUUUCCUGUCACGACAUUAGAUGCCAUACAAGAAGAUGUAAUAAAAGCAUUGGAAAAUAAAAAUCCAGCGGUUAAAGCGGAAACUGCUUCUUUCUUAGCUCGAUGUUUUUGUAAAUGUCCGCCCACCGUUUUUAAUAAAAAAUUGUUGAAAGCCUUGGCAAGUGCUCUACUUAAAACUUUAAAUGAGUCAGAUCCCACUGUUCGAGAUAAUUCAGCGGAGGCGCUUGGAACUGUAAUGAAGGUGGUGGGAGAAAAAGGACUUUUACCAUUUAUGCCUGACAUAGACAAUUUGAAAUUAAACAAAAUAAAGGAGUGCAGUGAAAAAGCGGUCGUAGUAAAAUUUCAACCGCCUCCACCUGCCCCGAAGCCUGCUGCCUCUGCGCCUUCCAAUACUAAUGCAAAAGUUGUAAAACCCAAAGCGGAUGCGGCUCCUACCACACAGAAAACUCCACCAAAGACGGUUCCACCUAAAAAAGUCGCUUCGGUGUCAAAAAUUAAAAAAUCAACCGGUCCAACAAUAGCAAAACCGGUAUCUAAGAAAAAAGAUGAUGAUGUCGAUGUUUCGCCUCUUAUGUCCGUAAACAACUUGAAAAAUCAGCGACUAGUGGACGAACAGAAGCUUAAAACUUUAAAAUGGAAUUUCACGACGCCUCGUCCAGAAUUUGUCGAGUUAUUAAAAGAACAAGUGACAGCGGCAGGUUUUAACAAAACAUUAACUGAAAAUAUGUUUCAUUCGAAUUUUAAAUUACACUUAAAAGCGAUUGAUUCUUUAAACGAAGACUUAAAUAACGUGGAUGCUAUAAUUUCCAAUUUGGAUCUUAUUUUAAAAUGGAUGACGUUAAGGUUUUUCGACACUAAUCCUUCGGUAAUACUAAAAGGCUUGGAUUACAUACAAAACAUAUUUUCAUCUCUUAUCGAUAAGGGAUAUUCGGUAUCGGAUUUUGAAGCUAUUUCUUUUAUACCGUAUUUAGUGCUAAAAAUAGGAGAUCCCAAAGAUGCCGUUAGGGAUAGAGUGAAGGUUAUAUUCAAGCAAUUGUCCAAAAUGUAUUCCCCCGGAAAAAUAUUUGCUCUUGUUAUUGAAGGUCUUAAAACGAAAAACGCACGUUUAAGAGCCGAGUGUUUGGAAGAGUUGGGAAACUUGAUAGAAGAAUUUGGCAUGACCGUUUGUCAGCCGAAUCCUUCUAUUGCUCUCAAAGAAAUAUCGAAACAAAUAGCCGAUCGUGAUCAUUCCGUAAGAAGCGCUGCUUUAAACGCUAUCGUUCAAGCGUGGUAUAUAGAAGGAGAAAAAGUUUACAAGUUGAUAGGACAAAUAUCUGAAAAAGAUUUGUCUUUGUUAGAAGAAAGGAUAAAAAGAGCAUCAAAAGCCAAGCCUGCCUCAACGUUAGCGUCAAAAUUAGAGUUAAAAGAAAAAGAAAAGGAAAAGGAAAAGGAAAGGGAAAGAGAAAGGGAAAGAGAAAGAGAAAGAGAAAGAGAAAAGGAAAAAUCUCCGGAAACUAAAUUAAAUACCACUUACGAGACUGUUAAUACUGAAAAAGAAGAGGAUACCACAGAAAUACGUCCUCAAAGCGCUCAAAAGCAGCGCCAUCAAAUUCCCGAACAAAACUUUUUUAAAGAUUUAGCGGUACCAGAGCCGACUAUGCCCAAAAUGGAUUUAAUCGAAAUUGACGAUAGUUUUCUCAAUUCCCCCAUACAAAUACCAGAACGAAUAGCAGCGAAAAUGAGUAAGCCUUUUACUCCGCCUGUUGUCGUUCCUGAAACAGCUGAAGAUUCAGAAGUUCACAAGGUCAUUAGAGAAUUGGGAAGUACGAACAUCAACGUUGCUUUUCAAGCCUCUUCAAAAGUCCGAGCCGUUUUAGAAACUCAAGCUCGCAGUACAUUGACAACAUAUGCGGAUUCCAUAAUGGAUAGUUUGACGACUCAACUCAAACUCCUCAAUUCUUACACGUUAGAAAAAUACGGUUUAAUAUUGCCCCAAACCUACAGAAUGGUGUUCAGAAUAUUGGACGAUAUUUUUGGUAAAAAAACUUCAAUGGGUGUGAUUGUCAAAGUUCAUCAUUUGCAAAUGGUUUUGAGAGAGCUUUUGUACAUACUCGUUGAAGAUAAAACGGCGAAAUUUGCCGAAGGCGGAUACAACAAGUGGAUAAAUAUUUUCGUCGUGAAAAUCAUUGAAGAUUCCGAUCAUACGAACUUGACGUGCGCCAUAUUGAAAUUAUUAUACGACAUCGUGGGAAAUCCUCACGAGGAUCCAAAAAUGGGAGAUUUGGCAUCCAAAUGCCUUAUAAAAGUCUGCGUUUUAAUAAAGAAACCCAAUUCGAAUUGGUUGGAAUCGUUGGAUCUCAACGAAGUUUUUUACGAAUGCAAUUUGUUUUUCCACGCUUACCCGAAACACACGUGGAAAGACAGGCCAUCGAUGAUGCCCUUGAAAGCGGUGAAAACUUUGUUGUUGACAUUUGUCACGUUAAAAGGGAAAGACGUGUUUUUGUAUUUGAAAAAAAUUGAAAAUUCUUGCGCAUCCGAACUUGCCGCAUAUUUGAAACGAUUGUUGAGAUCUCAACCCGUCACGGGGAAAUCGUCAAACGUGCGCCUUUCGAAAGGAAUGAGCGAUUACCUUUCGGAAAUAUUCAUGAAAAUCUCAUACGAAGAAACGGCCAAAGAAGGUUUAUUACAAUUUUACGAAUUUAAAAAGCGUCAUCCGAAUUUGGAUUUAUCAUGGUUUUUGGCUCCGACGUCUCAAUAUUUUCGAGAUUACGUCGAAGACGGUUUGAGAAGCAUUGAAAAAGAAAGAGGGGAAUUGGAUGGAUCUCCGAAUUCCGGUGAAACGGGAGCGGAAACGUAUCAUACAAAGGAUGACGUUGAAAAUCAUUCCGCAGAAACGGGAACCGGUUUGGCACAAUAUUAUUUGAAUAAAUUGAGAGAAUAUCAAACGAGGGUGGGUUUCAAACCGACGGAUUUGCCCGAUUUCAAAACGGAAUCUUAA